CCAGGCCAUGCACCCUCUCCUUCUCUUCCUCCUCCCUCUCACCACCACCUUCCUCCUCCUCUUCCACACCAUCCUAUGGAUCCCUCGUCGAACCCAGCUCCACUUCCGCCGCCAAGGCAUCACCGGCCCGCCAUACCGUCCCAUCAUCGGAAACGCCAGGGACAUACGCGAGUUGACCGCAGCGGCCAUGUCGCGGCCGAUGCCGGAACUCAGCCACGAUAUUUUGUGGCGGGUGGAUCCACGAUACGCGCUAUGGUCGGUCGUGCACGGCAAGACUUUCCUGUUUUGGUUCGGCACUCGGCCGCAUCUAGCCUUCGCCGAGCCGGAGAUGGUGAAGGAGGUGCUGUUGAAUACAAGUAGUGGAGCAGGAGUGUUCGAGAGGAUGCAAGAGUCUCCUCUUGUUAAGUGUUUGCUUGGAGAUGGCUUGUUUAGAUUGAAGGGACAAAAGUGGGCAAAGCAUAGGAGGAUUAUUAGCCCAGCUUUCAACAUGGAGCGUGUUAAG